AUUGAAUCAGUGUUUAUGACGUACAGGGUAUAUAAGAGUGAAUAAGGAGCACGCAUCAGCUUCCGAGUAAGGUGGCGAUAUAUAGAAAUAGGGAUGCGGCUUCUCGUAGCAUGUUAUAAGACGGCGCAGACUUGCAUCUUCCUUCCUGUUAAUUUUUUUUAUUCUUACCAUAUGUUGUUAACAUUUGCGUUCGUCAUCGAAGGAGACACAGAAGCAUUCUGAGGCUCGAAUGAUGGGCGACACGGCGGAGCUCCAACUAUUCGACAUCCUCCUCAAGGCCAUAGGAGCCAGAAAUUACCUGGAAAUUGGUGUAUUCACUGGCGUGAGCGCAUUGGCGGCCGCCCUAGCGCUACCACCUGACGGUCGGGUAAUUGGACUGGAGGUCAACGCGGAAACUGUUAAUGUCGGGAGGCCAUUCUGGAAAGAGGCUGGCGUCGACGACAAGAUAGACAUUAUUAUUGGUGACGCGAAGAAGUCUCUAGCCGAUUUGAUCGCUCAAGGCAAAUCGAACUCCUUCGACUUCGUUUUCAUCGAUGCCAAUAAAGAGUCCUCAGACGAUUACUACGAGAGGAGUCUGCAGCUCGUCAGACGCAACGGCAUCAUCGCGAUCGACAAUGUCCUAUGGCACACGAGGACGUUCAACCCGAACAUCAACGAUCCUCGGACAGAGGCCACUCGGCGACUGAACCGCAAGCUGGCGACCGACGAGCGAGUCCAGAUCAGCAUGGUCCCCAUAGGGGACGGAGUCACGUUAGUGCUCAAGAAGUGAACGACGCCGACACCGCCGGCCUCAUUCACCUAUUUGUGUAGACUCAUGCAUAGGCGUGCGCAGGGUUCGCCAUUAGGAGGCAAGGUUUCAUCGCAGCGCCUGAAAUACCUAUCCACGUUGCGACACGGUGGCGAGAACAACAAUUUUCCUCUGCUAUAAACGAUAAUCUCGUAUCAUCAUGACAGCGUUGAUCGUUUGUACAAUAUCCUACGCCGCGAUAUUGAAAGACCCGAGGUGAUGCUUUCAGCAUUAAAUAUUAUUUUGUUUGCUG